CCUCACCUUGGCCUGUAAUCUACAUAGGACAGUGGCCUGGUCACAGGGGCCCGCUGUGGGGAGGUUGGGAAGUUAAAGAACACUCUGGCCUCCUCCAUCAUGUCGGCCAAGAGGGUGGAACUGAAGAAAUCAAGCCUGGCCCCUCAGCAAGGAGAGGGCUGCCUGGUGACUGGGCAGAGCAAGAACUACAAGGCCGUGUGCCUGGAAUUGAAGCCCGAGCCGAUCAAAGUAAGAAGCUUUUUUGAGGCCGUGCCGGCAGCCAGGCCUGAGACCCGUGGGGAGGUGACUUGGAGUCAGGGGUCAUUCGCUGUUGCUGGCACCCAAGACCUGUCCCAGAUAUAUGACUACAAAGGACUUAAACAAGAAGGGCUGUUUACCAAGCCAGGAGGGACACAGGAGCUAAGGAAUAAACUCAGGGAGGUGAGAGAAGAGCUCAAGGAAAAAAUGGUUGAGAUCAAACAGAUAAAGGGCCUACUGGAUAAGGAUUUUGAUAAACUCCAGGAAUUUGUGGAGAUUAUGAAGGAAAUGCAGAAGGAUAUGGAUGAGAAGAUGGAUGUUUUAAUAAAUACACAGAAGAGCGGCAAGCUUCCCCUUAGAAGAGGGCCAAGGGAGCAGCAGGAGCUGAGGCUGACGGCAAAGACUGACGCAGACCCACAGCUCCGGCUCAAGAAAAUGGAUGGAGCCGAUGGCCCACCGUUUACUCUUCACAAGAAGAUGAUGGCACUUCAAAAAAUGAAAAAGGACCCACUGGAUUCCCUUCAGCGAUGCAGGACCUGCUGCGAAAAAUGUUUGUUGUGUGCCCAAAGGAACAACUGCAACCAGGGCAGAAAGCUUCAGUGCCAUGCCUGGGCACCCUUUUCAUCCUUGGCAUCUGGAGCUGCUUUCUGACUUAUCUGUGCUUCAAGUCCUACGUUGGGGAAGAUGUGUUUCCAACCUAGAGCCACCGCAGAGCCCAUGGGCAGCCCCGGGCCUUCCUCUCCUCUGCUCAAGCUGCACGGCAAAGGCGUGAGGCCCUCUGACACACCACCCCGCCCCAGGCCUCCUCCCACCCGGAGAUUAAAACCUUCACUUUAAAGCCAAA